AUGUGCGUUCGCAUUUCUUUCACGUACAUAUUUACAGAACUCAUUUUUUUUCAUUGCAGUGUAGCAGUGACUGUUGAUUAAUGUGUCGUGUCUUGGGCUCAGACAGGAGAUUUGAAGUGAUAGUAAAUUACUGUAAUCUCCCCAUUCCCUCAAGACAAUCCAAUCUCACUUCAAGAUGUUUAUUUUAACAUAACCCUAGAGCAGCAGAUCAUCAUGCAUCUUUCUUGUGGAAUUCAAUAGCAAGAUAUUUCAUUCUACGCUGUGUGGGACUCCUUUCUCUUACUUGUAUUGUUUUAUGAUAAAUUGACUUGGUUAAAAAAAAAAAAAAAACAGAAAAGGAGAAUGGAUGGGAUUUUAAUUGUUAAUUGUAAUUCGAUGUAGAAUUUCUGGCAUUGCAGAGUCUGACCAUGAAGCUUGAGUGGAUUAAAUCAAGCAAACAGCCUGUAUUAUUCCCUUUGUUCUUUAAAGCUGGUGCUCCAGUGUCCCUGGCAUGUUUCUAAAUGUGUUACAAAAAUAAUGUAGGUGUUCAAACUGUUUGAUUAGGGAUACAGCAUUCAAGGUGAAAGGUCUCCAUCUCCCACUCUCUCCUUUCCUCCCUCACCCUCUCUAUCCCUCUGUGCCUGGCUUGUAAUGUGCAGACUCAGGAUUUGAGCUUUCUGCAGGAGAACUAGCCCCAGAGUAAUUGAUUGAACUCUGGAACAGCUAUGAUUGAUGGCGUGAAGAUGAGUAAAUGUAAAAGCCAUUUCAGGUGCACUUAUUCAGCUGGUGAUGCAUUCUACCCAGAACUGUUUCUACACAAGCACAGAUGCAUGACCCACUUAACAUUAACACUGUGUUUUGAUUGUUUAAUACAGUACCUGCUUAAAUUGAGUAUUUGUGACUUUUAUUUGUUUACAAGACUGCAUUAUAAAACUUUAAAUACAGCAUUUAGGCAGCAUUCAUGGAAUUAACCCAAAGCAAAACUUUAAGCACAGUACAGAAAAUAGGACCAGAGGGCACAUUUGGAAAUUAAGUGGAGAUAAACAGAGGGUAGGUGUUUCUCACACCUAGAUGAGGUGUUCGAAUACAUUUGCACUCUGCAUAUAUACAUAUAAAUAUUAAAUAGAUAUACUGACUACAAAAUGCUUGCUUUGCAGUGGUACACACUGAUGAGGUGCAACGGUGAGUGAGGGCACAGGGGAUGCUUUCAUUUUUGUUCACAAUCACACAUUAAAUGAUACAAAUGCUUUAUUUUCAUUAGUUUGUUUAUUCCCCAAUCAGGUUACGUCGAGCCGAUCCAGACCCUGAAUGAUGUGAUGGGUCAGCUGGACGCGGUGGUCAACUUUGCUCAUGUGUCGAGUGGGGCUCGUUCCUCGUUUGUCCGUCCGGUCGUGCUGGAGAAGGGUCUGGGGUGCCUCAAGCUGACGGCCUCCGGACACCCCUGUAUUGAGGUCCAGGACGGCAUGGCCUUCAACCCCAGUGAUGUGACCUUCCAGAAGGGCAAGCAGAUGUUCCACGUAAUAACUGGCCCUAACAUGGGAGGCAAGUCGACAUGCAUGCCCGUGCAUAGGCUGCUGAGGGAAGCACUGGGAAGAACCGCCCAGCCGCAGUGGCUGAGAAGUGGGCUAAAACCUGCAUUCCAGCUUGUCCUGACCCCCCACACAUCUUCGCCCAAGGAUGCCUGCAUCGCUUCACCCAAGGAUGCCUGCAUCACUUCGCCCAAGGAUGCCUGCCUUGGGUCAGUGUGGCCGCAGCCUCACCUGAGGGAGCUGCCAGCUAUGAAAAAGGGAGGAGAGGUCAGGGGACCACCUUUCCUGCAGCAAUUUCGCCAGACGUAG